AUGUUUGAUUCAUCUAUUGAAGUUCAAAUAAGUAAAGUAAUGCUAUCAACAUUUAAAAUUUACAUUCCAAUAAACCAUAAUCCUAAUGAAAAAAUUACAAUUUUAUAUGAGAAUAUAGGAAAAUAGAAUUUGAAAGAGGUUUGGAGAUUAUAAUUUUUGAAUUAAAAUGUAGAUUUACUAAUGAGAUAAACUUAUGAUUAGUUGUUCUAUAUAAAUUAAAAUAGAAUUCUUAUAUUGAAAGACUCAAAUUUAAUAACUUAUAAUCUUUAAGAAAAAAUAGAGGUAGAUUCUUCAAUAUAAAUUGAAAAAGGAGAAUAUAAUCAUUUUUCUAUAUAGAAUAAUGGACAAGAUCAAUUCUUAUUUUUUUUAAGCAAAUAGAGUAUAAAUGCUGAAUAGCAACAAAAUGUAGGUCAAUAUACUAUGAAAAUUUAUGAUAUUCAGAAAUUGGAAUUGUUAUAGGAGGUUAAAUUUUCAGCAUCUGUAAGAUCUUUAGUGGUUUCUCCAAUAAGUAGAUAGAGAUGCUUUAUGAUGAAUCCUAACUCUCCAACAAAUAAAACAGUAUAAUUUAUAAUUUAUGAUGAAAAUUAAGUUUAGAGAAAAAUAAUAUAAGUAAAAGAGACAAAGAAUGAAUUAAGAGGAACAAUAGUUAAAGUACUUAAUGUAAUUAAAAUAUUUAGUAUUUUAGUAUUUUGAUGAUUUAAUAUUUGUAUAUAAUUCUAAUGGAGUUAGUAAAUAAUAUCUUCUUUUUUAUUGCAUAGAGAAUGGUAAUGAGUAUCUACAUGAAUUGGACAUAUAGUAUUCAUUUUAAAUAAGAGAUGCUUAAAUUAAAGAUAAUAUAAUUCUGAUAAAUUGCUUUAAUAAUGAAUUAAAUAGUGAGAAUGCGUUUUUCUAUGAUAUUUAAGAGAAGAAAGUAAAAUUGAUAUCAAGUGGUGAAAUAAAUUAUUUUUACAGUAAGAAUGUUAUCAUUCAACAUAAUAAUGAGAGUAUAAAUUUGUAAUUAAUGGCAACACCAUAAAUGAUGAUGACUCAUUAUAUUGAUAAAAUUGAUUAUGAUUAAUUUAUUAAAUAAGAAUUAAGUGAGUUUUGA